ACGGAGGCGGGGCUUCGGAUCCAUCAGCCGACCCCGGGUGAGCUCUGCCGGCUGCGAGGAUGUCCGGGCGCGGGAAACUCAUCGCGGUGAUCGGAGACGAGGACACGGUGACUGGCUUCCUGCUGGGUGGCAUAGGGGAGCUUAACAAGAACCGCCAUCCGAAUUUCCUGGUGGUGGAAAAGGAUACAACCAUCAAUGAAAUCGAAGACACUUUCCGGCAGUUUCUGAACCGCGAUGACAUCGGCAUCAUCCUCAUCAACCAGUACAUCGCUGAGAUGGUGAGGCACGCCCUGGAUGCCCACCAGCGCUCCAUCCCGGCCGUCCUGGAGAUCCCAUCCAAGGAGCACCCCUAUGACGCCGCCAAGGACUCCAUCCUGCGCAGGGCCAGGGGCAUGUUCACUGCGGAAGACCUGCGCUAAGCGCCCCCCAACCGCCCCCAUGUCCAGGCCUCACCUGUCUUCCCACCCACUGACCAUCCACCCUUCUGUGUGUUCUGAGCCUCCGGUUUCGGGCUCCCUGCCCGACUCCACUCCCGAGAGGCUGAGUGAGGUGCUCCCAAGUAGCUGGGGGUCUGGUGAGGGAGCAGGCACCUGACCAUCUUCCCUCCCCUCUGCCACCUCCUCCCUUUGCUGUUACAGUGUCAUUGCUGGUGUUAAAUUAAAGUCAUAUUCUUGCUUCUCUCUA